CGAGGUACACUCUCUACACGAGUAUAUAAACCCAGGGUUCUCCGCAUUUUUCAUGCACUCCAUCAUUUGUCCCAGUUAGUCGGUGCUAGUCCUUCUAAACCUUCAAAAUGUCGAUUGAAAUGACAAGUGCUGGCGUUGCGCCGGGCCAAAAGCAAGGAGUGUACAAGGAAUUGCGCAAGAACCCAUAUCUUAUUGGUCUAUCAGCUUUCGCAUCUCUCGGUGGAUUUCUCUUUGGCUAUGACCAAGGAGUUAUUAGUGGCGUCUUGACUAUGGAGUCCUUCGCGGCUGCAUUUCCCAAGAUUGCAACAGACAGUAGCUACAAGGGCUGGUUCGUCUCGACUCUGUUGCUUUUGGCUUGGUUCGGAUCACUCGUCAAUGGCCCGAUCGCAGAUAGAUUCGGUCGUAAGGGAUCAAUGGAAAUUGCCGUUGUUAUUUUUCUUCUCGGUUCGGCUCUUCAAGCUGGCGCAAACAGUCUUGACAUGGCUCUUGCUGGACGCGCCAUUGCUGGUUUCGCUAUUGGCAUGCUUACCAUGAUUGUACCCAUGUACAUGAGCGAAGUCUCCACAGCUGCUAUCCGAGGAACGUUGGUUGUGCUUCAACAACUAUCCAUCACCCUUGGUAUAUUGGUCAGCUACUGGCUAGAAUACGGUACUCAAUACAUCGGCGGCACGAGGUGUGCGCCCGAUAUCCCAUACACUGGCGGAACUCCCCAGAACCCAACUUUCGAUCCUCGAAAGGAUGUCGGGCCAAAUGGCUGCACUGGCCAAAGUGAUGCCUCGUGGCGUGUGCCGUUCGCCAUGCAGAUUGUACCCGCCCUUGUCCUAGGUAUUGGCAUGCUAUUCUUCCCCGAAUCUCCCCGUUUCUACUGCAUGCGCGACAAUGAAGCAGCGGGUAUCAAGGCACUUGCCAGGGUUAGACGCACCAGCCCUGACGAUGAACUCGUCCAGCAAGAGUAUCUCUCAAUCAAAGCCGAGGUCAUCUUUGAGGAAUCUUUCAAUCGUGAGAAGUUCCCGGGCAAGAGCGGCAUCUCUCUCUAUCUUGCUGGCUACACGACACUAUUCUCUACUGUCCCAUCUUUCAAGCGGACCAUGAUUGGAUGCAGCCGACUAGGCAAUGCGAUAAUUUACUACGCGCCGACAAUCUUUGCACAGCUCGGUCUGUCUGGAAAGACUUCUGGGCUACUUGCAACAGGUGUUUACGGAAUCGUCAACACUGUUUCAACUCUGCCUGCCCUGUUCUUGAUCGAUAAGCUAGGCCGUAAGCCUCUUCUCCUUGGUGGCGCUGCGGGAACCUUCAUUUCCCUUGUCAUUGUCGGCGGAGUCAUUGGCUAUUAUGGCGAGACACUCAAAGAUCACCCUGCCGCCGGAUGGACUGGUAUCGCAUUUGUCUACAUUUACGAUGUCAACUUCUCCUACUCCUGGGCACCCAUUGGUUGGGUGCUGCCCUCCGAGAUCUAUAACAUUGGCAACCGUUCCAAGGCCAUGUCGCUCACUACAUCCAGCACAUGGAUGUGCAACUUCAUCAUCGGCCUCGUUACUCCCGACAUGUUGGAGACCAUUGGAUACGGCACGUAUCUCUUCUUCGCCGGAUUUGCCUUGGUCGCAUUCUUCUUUACUUGGUUCUUAAUUCCCGAGACAAAGGGCAAGUCUCUCGAGGAGAUGGACGCUGUGUUCGGUGAUACCACUGCGCACGAGGAGAAGACCAGACUCUACACCAUUGCAGCAAAUUUGGGGCUCGAUGAAGCAGAAGCUGCUGCACGCGAUGUGAAGGAUGAGAAGGUUCUUAAGACUGAGGCAGCCGAAGUAUGAAUUCAGUCAAAGCAAGAAACUUCGAUCUCGAAGUCAUAACUCAUCUCAUUGCCGGUCCGGGAUUACUUAAUUCUGACCUCGUACAAUGAGCUGGAACAAAAUGAUUCCAUUCGAAAGAUUCCAUUUAUCCAAUAGGAACAAUAUAUGGAACCAAGAUUCUCCUAUAAUAUGUG